AUGACAAGGGGUUGGUUGAUACAGUCCACUUCACACUCAAAAGGCAACAAACGGAGCGUAGGCUGACUUGUUGCAGCAGACACACAGGGUGUGGAGGGAUGAGAGACCAUGCGACUCCUUCCCCUCUACCUCCUGCUGUCUCAAUGGACUCCUCUACCGUGGGCUCAGAUUCCUACAGGAUUAAACUUUGGGCUAGAUUGUCUAAAUGAUUUCUUCUUCACAAUAACGUGCUCCUUAAAUGCAAGUGGGAGUGCCCCUCACUCCAAUACAACUACGGUGAUCAGCAACAUGCUGGAAUCCUCUUGGCUACAAGCAAGAGAUUUUGAGGGCACUCUGUUUGAAUGUAAGCUGGUGAAGGCGCUGAAUUCCUGGGGCUGUUCACUGUACAUGUACACGCCAGGCGCCUUCUCAUUCACAGACGUGGACCGAUACCAGAUCUCACUCUUCAGCAGUCUCCAUGGCAACAACAGCUCACUGCUGCUGCUGCCAAAGUACAAGACAUGGGAACAUAUCCAGCCCAUCCCUCCCCGUAACCUCUCCAUGCAGUGGGUUGGGGAAGACGCCGUGUUUAGCUGGCUGAGCGGCUACGAGCAGCAGAGCCCCAAGUAUGAGGAGCAUGUCCAGCUCCUACCCUUCUUGAAGUACACACUUCGCCUGGAGUCGCCGCAGGGACACAUGGUGGACUACAACACCUCAAACAGAAACCUCUCUGUAGCCAUGUCCUUCUUCCCUCCCGGUUCAGAGUACUUGGCAACAGUGCGAUCGCAGCCCAGUCAGAUUGUCUACAAGGGAGUGUGGAGCCAAUGGGCUCCCACCAUACGCUGGAGAACAGCCUAUCAAAAAGACCGGGAUACGUCUUUGCUGACUGCUUCACUGAUCUCCAUGUGUCUGUUUCUCAUGAUCAUCAUGACCAGCUACAUCCUGCUGAUAAGAUGGAGGAAGCAUGCUGUGAUCCCACAUCCAGCCCUGAUCGUGACUUCAGUGAAGUGGAAAGACCAAAAUGAGCGUGCCGUCUGGAUUCCAUCAUACGAGGAGGCUUCAAAGAUCGACAUGGUAACGCUGCAGCCAAUCCCAUCAGACAUCAUCAUCAUCAAACCAUCGGAACAACUAGUGGUUGCCAGGGGCAUCAGGGCUCCAGUGAAGACUGACUUCACAGGCAGAACUGGCUGUGUGCAGCUCGACUCCAUGGCAACAGAGACGGCCAGACUGCCCUGCAGUGAGGACUACUGCAUGCUCUCCAGCUUAACGACACCUUAACAGGGUUUCAGCAGAGCAGUGUUGCCACAUAAACCACAAUUAUCACAUUUGAGCCAUAAUUUUGUCCUUUGUACGUUCAAAAACACAUGAUGCUAGAUCAUUUCAGUUUUCAUUCAGUUAAUUUAGUUGCCUUUAAAACACCGAGUUGGUUCAUGUAUGACAAUUUCCUCCCAAAAAGCAAUAAUUUUGAGGUUAUGGUAGGAUAGUUCAACGUUUUCCAUCUGGCACCACUGCAGUAGAGAGCAACUCUGCAUUCACUUCCCUUUGACAUCAAGUUGCCACUGCCUCCUCCACCACUAUAUACACCUAUUGCACCUGUUAUACAUUUGUGCUGUAUCUUAUGUAAUCUCUGCUGAGGGCGUACCACUGUGUUCAUGAAAUGCUGGCAUAUAGAGGCAUGCCUUGUGCUAUUUGAGCAUGGUGUCCCUGAAAUUAUUUGACUGUUUCAUUGAUGAUUUAACAAUGCAUGUGGAUAACAUUACAUUACACUUAGCUGACUCAUCAAAACAACAGUUAUUUUAGGGUAUUGGUUACAGUCCCUGGAGUAAUGUCGGGUUAGGUGCUUUGCUCAAGGGCACUUCAGCCAUGGAUAACUGUGCUGGUAAGGAUGGGAUUUGAACCUGCAAUCCUCUGAUUUAAAGGUCAGCACUCGAAUCAUUGAGCUAUGGCCGCUCCUAUAUACACACAACUCCCUGACCCUUGAUGGAAAGGUCAAUAUGUACGGUUUUACACAGUUGUUUAAUUGUAUUAAGAUGUAAAAUGUAGCAUUCCUUACUGAUUUACAAAUAUUUGUUAAUGCUCAUAUAGGACAUUAUUUAAUAAGUGUCAAGGAAUGAUUUACUUUGCGUUAUUUUUUUUAAGAUCAGUGUUACCAAAAUGGGUAUGAAACAGGAGAUUCCAUUUAAGACCCCCCAAAUUAAGAUUAUUCUCCAUUGAGUUUACACAAAGCACUGACAUUUCAUUCUGAAUAAAGCAUUCAUAAAAAAUAAAGCAUUUCAACUGGACAGAGUUGACACUAGGUCUGUGUCUUUGACUCCUGAGUCAUUCCGUAGCAACGAGCAUGCUUGUAACGACCGGAAUAGAUUUUAAAGUGGAAUUUCAGUUUUUGAUAGUGGAAUAAAGUUUCCGUAUUAAAGUAUAAAGUAAGUCUCGUGUACUUUGUCAAAAAAACGUAUAUAAAAAGAUUAGCACAGAAGUUUGAAAUUGUGUUUUACCAGUCUCCAAUGUGCAGCUUUUAACUAAACAUAAAAAAAG